AUGGUUUAUGGAGACCUCGUGGUCCCCGGCGUAUUCUUCCCCGAUGCUCAUUCCAGUGACAACUUGGACCGAUUUCGACGAAUCGAUGGGAAGUUUGCUCCAUGCAAACAGACUUACAAGCCGCCCAAACAUCGCUACGUUCCCCGAGAUCUACAUGCGACGCUAAAUGUUUUUCUCCGCACUAAUACCAACAAACCUUGCCUUACUCUUCCAUACUAUGGCCCCUACAAAGUCAUCGAGAAGAAGGAAAAAGCGUUUCUGCUGCGGAUCAAAGGCGGCAACGAUUGGAUCGCCAUAGAUUGCCUGAAGCCAGCAUAUUUCCAGGAUGACGACCCUCCUCCAGUACAGUUUUCCAGGAUGGACCGUCCACUCUCGCAUGUUCCUAAGCAUUUUUGCUGA